AUGGUCUCGGUUCGCAGUAUUUCGCUCCUCGCUUCGGCGCUGUGCGCCUCUCUACUUGCUCCACUCGCUCAGGCUGUCGCUCUCCCAUUGCAACAGUCGAUUGAGUCACGAGCCCCCAGCUCCAGCUACUGGGUUGCCAAUGUCAAACGUCAAGGUAGCGUCUGGGGUAACUCCGACUCCAAUUACCAAGUCUUCCGCAACGUCAUGGAUCCCAAGUAUGGCGCCAAGGGUGAUGGUGUCACCGACGAUACCGAUGCCAUCAACCGCGCUAUCUCAGACGGCAAUCGAUGUGGUCAGGGAUGCCAAUCCUCCACUACCACGCCAGCCUUGGUUUACUUCCCUGCCGGAACCUAUCUCGUCAGCAAACCAAUUCAAAUGUACUACUACACGCAAAUGGUUGGUGAUGCUACCAACCUUCCCGUCAUCCGCGCCUCCAGCUCCUUCUCCGGCAUGGCCGUCAUGGAUUCUGACCCGUACGGUGAGGGUGGUGUGAACUGGUUCGUCAACCAGAACAACUUCUUCCGACAGGUUCGCAACUUUGUCAUUGAUCUUACGGGUGCACCGAACGCUGCUGCAGGUAUCCACUGGCAGGUCGCGCAGGCUACUUCCCUUCAGAACAUGCACUUCAAGAUGACUCCUGGUAGCCAGCAGCUCGGUAUCUUCAUGGACAACGGCAGCGGCGGUUGGUUUUCCGACCUGCUGUUCACCGGUGGGAAAUUCGGUGCCUUCCUUGGAAGCCAACAAUUCACUUCCCGGAACCUGACCUUCGAUGGAUGCAGCACCGCUGUCUACAUGAACUGGAAUUGGGGAUGGGUCUUGUCUGGUCUCACCGUCCGCAACGCCAACAUUGCUGUCGACAUGUCCAACUCGCAAUCUGUUGGCUCCGUCAUUAUCUCUGACAGCAACUUCGGCAAUUCAAACAUCGGAGUCAGCUCUGCAUACAAGACCAGCGGCAACAACCCUGCCACUGGAGGCACCUUGAUCAUCGACAACGUGGAUAUGUCUUCUGUUGGCACACCAGUCAUGGGUCCCAACAACACGCCGUUCUUGAGCAACCGCGGAAAGAUCAACUACUGGGCUUCCGGUGAUGGAUAUUCCAAGACCGCUACCGGCUCUCCUUCCCAAGGUCAGAUCAGCUCAGCACCCUCGAAGAAUGCAGCUCUGCUUGACAGCAAUGGCAAGAUCUUCAGCCGCUCCAAGCCUCAGUACGAGGGGGUUUCGGCUUCGUCCAUCCUCUCGGCCAAAGCCAACGGUUGCAAGGGUGAUGGAAACACCAUCGACACUGCCGCUAUUCAAGCCUUUCUCAAUAAGGUCGCCAGCACUUCCGGAGCUGUCGCCUAUUUUGAUCACGGUGCAUAUCUCGUUGACGACACCAUUCGCGUCCCUGCGAACAUCAAGAUCACUGGUGAGAUCUGGCCGUUGAUCGUCGCCAAAGGUUCGAGCUUCAGUGACGCUAGCAACCCCAAGCCGGUCUUCCAGGUCGGUCAGCCUGGUGAAUCCGGGUCCGUCGAGAUCACCGAUAUGCUCUUCUCCACCAACGGUCCUGCGCCAGGUGCUGUCAUGAUCCAAUGGAACCUGAAGUCUUCCCAGGGUGCCUCUGGCAUGUGGGAUGCUCAUGUUCGGAUCGGUGGCUCUUACGGUUCCAACCUUCAGACAGGCAACUGCCCUAAGUAUGGCACCCCUCAAAAGCAGUGCGCGGGUGUCUUCCUCAUGUUCGAUGCUGCGCCAUCGUCGGGUGGCGUCUACCUCGAGAACACCUGGUUCUGGGUCGCUGAUCACGACAUGGAGAUCCAAGCUCAAACUCAGACAUCCAUCUACAGCGCCCGUGGAGCCCUCUUCCGCUCCACCAAUGGCCCAACCUGGUUGUGGGGCACUGCUUCCGAGCACUCCAUGUUCUACAACUACCAAUUCUCUGGAAUCAGCGCAGCCAAUGGUAUCUUCGGAGGCUUCAUGCAGACCGAGACACCCUACUUCCAGCCCAACCCAACCAGCUUGGGUCUGAGCUGGCUUCCGACCAACUCGGCCUACGACGACCCCAGCUUCGCCAAUUGCAAAUCCGGCUCAUCGUCAGCUCCCUGCGAGGAAGCCUGGGGUCUCCGCGUGGUCAACAGCAAGAGCGUCCUCCUCUACGCCGUCGGCAUGUACAACUUCUUCAACGGCUACAACCAAGACUGCGUGAAGAACAACAACUGCCAACAGAACAUGAUCAGCCUCGAGAACAGCCAGGUCGCCAUGUACGGCGUCACCACCAAGGCAGCUGUAAACAUGAUCUCUGACACGGCCUUCCCCAACCGUGCCAUCCUCGACUCAUCGCAUCGCAACAACUUUGGCGCGACGCUGGCCUACUAUAUCAAUUACUAG